AUGUUAUCCCUGUUUGGACUGAUCCAAGCAGGAGUUUUGGAACCUGUUAUCGAGAACUUAUCGACUCGAUCAUUUGUGGAAGUUGCGACAGACUGGGCUCAACAAGCCUCCGAAUACCUACAGAAAGAAGAAGGAGCCCCGCUGGCUGAGUUCUUGCUUGUUGUUGUCUGUUCUUUGAUCGCCUCAACUCUAGCCUUAACCCACAAGCGAAUCUCCCAAAGUCGGUCUGUCGACACAGAUGAUUGCUACGUCGAGUUCUUAUGGACGGACUUCGAUUCUGUUCCUCGAGUCGGCGAACAAUAUGGAUACAUCAUUCACUACCCACCAUCGAAAGCAGAGCGAGGUCCGCCAGAAAUAAGCAUAUCCAUGCACAAUGGGGACAUAGCGAUCCCGUUCACCGUCGACCACGACCCUCUCAACGGGCAAGCAACGGUACAAUUCACUCCACGAGUUUCGGGCUACUACAACUUCAGAUUGGCAAUCGAACAAGUUCCGGUCGCGGGUAGUCCCUUCCUCAAACGAUUCGAUCCCGGGGAGCCUACAGCAUCGCAUAUCAGCGUGUCAAACGCUCAAGCGGUCAUGGUCACUGGCGAUCAGACGCCGCUACAGCUGAAGCUUCGGCUGAAAGACCGAUACGGAAACGAAACCUUCAUUGAUGAACCGAACGCUAGACGUUUGGAGCAGAUGUUCAGGCUCUCCGUGUAUAGGUACGACGGACAAGAAUGCUCGGUGAAGUAUUCCGUCUGGCGGGAUGAAGUUCUCAACUUCGCGACGGUGUCCAUUCAGUUCCCUAUAUCCGGAAUUUAUAAACUACAGCUCUUCUACGACGAGAGCCCCAUCAAGAAAUCGCAAAUCGAUGUUGUCGUCAUCUGCGACUCACGUUUCCAUACUUUGUUGAACUUCAACUCUGAAGAUACUUCAGCCCGACUCAGUUUAGGGGAAUCGGCGAUUCUCAAGAACGACCACGAAGAAAUACGGUGCUCGAUAUGGGUACAGCCGGGACAUUCCCCUAAUUCGAGUCGACUACAUUUUUCCGCCAAAGACGACACUGAGACUAGUCUUGCCAUCACCAACGGGUUGAAGGUGACAUUGAAGGAUAAAACAGUACUGCUAGAGGACGAGCUGGGAUUCCUGAAGCUGUCCAUUUCGUCAGCUUCAUACUUGUUCAUAUACGCCAGUCUUCUGCACUUAACGAAGUUCAGCGGUGAUCGCGGCAAGGCCUUCGAAGAGCGACGGGAGCUCUUGGUCAGACGGGUGCGCGGUCAGAACGGUGAAGUCACUUCGCUCCAGAGGGACCUCGAGGGACCGGGCAGGCUGAUCGUGUGCAGAUCUGAUCCCGUAGGCACGACGAUGAAAGCCACAGAAUGUUUCGACAAAGAGGAUUGGCAAAGGAAAUUCCAAAUCAAUAUCAAGUACGAGAUCGCGGCCGACAUGGGGGGACUCAGUCGGGAAUGGUUCGAAAUUCUCUGCAUCAAACUGUUUGAUCCGAAAGAAGGUCUCUUCUUCUCUUACGGUGGACCCCAGGGCCUCGUUCUACCUAAUUCGUCAAAACCAGCAGUAGGUUCAACUUUGAAGAAGCUCGAGUUCGCUGGUAGCGUCGUCGCCAAAUGUGUCUACGAAUCAGCCCUUGGCAACCAGCAUCGCUUGACAGUGAAAGCCAACUUUGCCCGGUCGUUUUUGGCCCAGAUGCUUGGUCGACCAGUCACGUAUCGCCACUUCAAAACGGACGAUCCAGAAUUAUAUCACGGGAAAAUCAGAUAUGUCCUUGAGAAUGACGUUGGAGAGCUCGACUUGAAGUUCGUCGAUGAAGAAUACUCCGAAGAUGGAAAACUGAUUCAGGAAAUCGAACUUGUCCCCAAUGGAGCGUCGAGAGCCGUGACAGAAGUAAAUAAAUUCCAGUACUUGAACGCUCUGGCAGAGUUUCGACUCGCUCGAAAAGUUCGCAAACAAGUAAAAAGUUUCAUGAGGGGUUUCAAUACUGUCUCGAACAUAAACUUGCUGCGCGAUUUCGACGAAGAAGAGCUCGAGUUGGUCCUGUGCGGAAGUCCCUCAUAUUCGGUGGACGACCUCCGGAACAAUCAUCACGCGCUCGGCUGGACAGACACUAACAAGCAUGUUCUCCAAUGGUUUUGGAAGAUCGUUGGCUUGUUCUCCGAAGAAGAGCUUUCGCAGCUAGUGCAAUUCAUCACAGGCAGUAGCCGCUUGCCGCUUGGAGGUUUUGCUCAACUCGAUCCAUGGGUACACCUGGUCUAUGUAGAGGCUCUGAAUACGUUGCCUUCGGCUCACACUUGCUUCAACUAUCUGUGUCUGCCAUCCUACGAAUCCUGCGAGCGGAUGGAGCGUCAACUCCGGACGGCUCUUCAGGAGGGAAGCCAGGGCUUCGGCUUCGUUUGACAAUUGAUGAUCAAUGGAUCCAUAAGGAAACAUUAAAUCAGUAUUUGAGCGAACGAUAUAAGAUAUUAUCGGUAGUACGGAUAGAGUUCGCUCAGAGCGUUCUAGCCUCAGUGUCGGGACUGU